GGUGAUUCUUUCAUUCUACAUAUUUUCCUGCCAUUGCAAUCAUCUUCACAAUCUAUACCCAGGACGGGUUUAUAAUCUCGUGCUGAAAGCUCUCUGAGAUCACAAACAGAAACGCUGAAGUGCACCUGAAAAAUCUACACUUUUGUAUACAAUGGACUCCACACCCACCGCCCCUCUGGCCGACCGGUCAACAAACACCCACCUCGCUGCAAACCAGGACAAAGUGAACGAUCUCAAGUCCGCGUCGGCGACUCUGGACUCGACGGAAUACCAUCGGUCGGUCUUGCAGGGUAAACUGCAGAACGAAGAUAAAAACCAAGCGAGCUAUGUUUCUCCGUCGGAUGAUAUCAUGAGUCCCUGCUCGAAGAAGCUGAGUAAUCUCAAGGGGAAGCGGUUCAAGAACGCUGGAAAGCCUCAGUCGCUCUUCGCCAAGCUGGGCAAGAAGAACUUUGAGCAGAACACGGCGGAACAUAACAACAAGAGCAUUGGAGAUGACAGUACGGCCUAGACAUGGUCAAUCACUCGAUAGUAUGCGGAGCAGAGGGCAAGCUGUUGCAUAUCUCACCUUUUCCCCAUGUAGUGCGCUGGUCGCAUUGUUGGAGGAAAAAGGGAGCAUACAUAGCAUGACUGCCUCGGUCUCGAGUCCUCUGCUUCGCGCAUCUACCAUCUUUCGGUAACCAUGGGCUGUGCCUGUGUGAUUACGAUUGGUUGACGUGGUAAGGCUGACACUGUUGUCUUUGGGUUUCUGGGUGCUUUGUUUUCUGGUCUGGGGUUCAUACGGAGAUUAUGUGGGAUAUUAGAGGAAUUGGGAAUGGACUUGUGUCUCUUUUUUUGGUCUUCUGUUUUUGUAUCGAUGAUCCAUAAUGAUAGCCUGGAAAAAUAAUGAAAUCAUGUCGCUGUCUU